UAACAAUGAGGAAUAGCCCCUUCUUAUAAUAAUUUUUUAAAUAUAGAAGAGGGCUUUUCAGCCUUCACUUUUACUUAAGCAGUUCAGUUGUAUCCAUUUCAAUGUGGUUGAUAAAAAUCCUAUAUAAUAAUCCAUACUUUCCUGGGAAGUUAAGGUUAAUUUUAAUUUUAAAAUCAUUUUAUUAAUCUCAUCAAUUAUAGCAAAAUCAGGAAUAAACACUGUCUAUUAACAUAUAGUAAAUUCUCUAUAAUAGAGCAAUCACUAACAUUUACUAAUAAUUUUCCAGGAAUAAUUAAUUCAAAUGUCUGAUUUUGGCAAAGCUGAUUUUUUUUAAAGUACAAAUAUACAUAUACAUGCCAGAAAAUGUCAGAUUUUCAAAAUGCUUUCUUAUUAUCAUCUCUACAAGAUGAGUGAAAGUGACAUUUUGAACACAUCUUUUAAGCAAUUCCAUCUGAUAUCACUGGGCUGAGAUUCUAACUCCUCCCCUCAGGCUCUUCAGUGGCCUCAGAUCCUACUGGAUUCCAGAGCUCUGUGUGAUGAUUUCAACUCCAGGGAGCAGCUCUGAAAUGACGCUGUAGAUUGUCUGGGAGACAGAUAAGCCAAGAAGGAAGAGGGGUAUGUUGUGAUUUGGAGAAGCAGCAAACACAUCACCUUUUGACAGAAAAAUAAGCUUAGAAAAAUAAUCACGGAAAUGAAGAAAGUAAACAUGUACCAGAUGAAAAGAAUAGCAAGAGAGCUAGAAAUAUCCAACAGAAUUUCAAAAGCAUAUUCAAGUCAUUCAUGCAUUUCCAUCAAGCACAAAGAUCAAAGAAGAUUAAAUCUUACAAAUUACUCCUUGGAAGCCUGAAAGCAAAGUACUUCCCAAGAACUGGUGGUUAAAAUAUUCACCCAUACAAAUUAACUUAGAAAAGCUUUCUCAUAACCCUGACAACAAUGGAACUUCCUUUAAACCAUUCAGCAGCUAAUAAAACCAGUGUAAAGAGCAACAACUCUGCAUAUUUUUACUUUGAGUCCUGUCGACCUUCUUCUCUAGCCUUGUUCCUACUACUCACAGCCUACACUGCGGUCUUCCUCAUGGGCCUUUUUGGGAACCUCUCUCUCAUCAUUGUCAUCUUUAAGAAGCACAGAGAAGCUCAGAAUGUCACCAACAUACUGAUUGCCAAUCUCUCUCUCUCUGACAUCUUGGUAUGUGUCAUGUGCAUCCCUUUUACUGUCAUCUACACUCUGAUGGACCACUGGAUAUUUGGGGAUACCAUGUGCAAACUCACCUCCUAUGUUCAGAGUGUCUCCAUUUCCGUAUCUAUAUUCUCACUUGUGUUAAUUGCUGUUGAAAGAUAUCAGCUGAUUGUGAACCCCCGUGGCUGGAAGCCCAAUGUAUCACAUGCAUACUGGGGUAUCACAUUAAUUUGGCUAUUUUCCCUUAUGUUGUCUAUUCCCUUCUUCCUGUCCUACCACCUAACUGAGGAGCCUUUCCACAACCUCUCUCUUCCUACUGACCUCUACACCCACAGGGUAGCCUGUAUAGAGAGCUGGCCCUCCAAAAUGAACCAACUUCUCUUCACCACCUUCCUGUUUAUGCUCCAAUACUGUGUCCCUCUGAGCUUCAUCCUCAUCUGCUACCUGAAGAUUGUCAUCUGCCUCCGUAGGAGAAAUGGAAAGGUGGACAGGAAGAGAGAAAAUGAGAGCCGGCUCAGUGAGAACAAGAGGAUCAAUACAAUAUUGAUCUCCAUUGUGGUGACCUUUGGGGCCUGCUGGUUGCCCUUGAACAUCUUCAAUGUUAUCUUUGAUUGGUAUCAUGAAGUGCUAAUGAGCUGUCAGCAUGACCUGGUAUUUGUAGUUUGCCAUUUGGUUGCUAUGGUUUCUACAUGUAUAAACCCUCUCUUUUAUGGUUUUCUCAACAAAAAUUUUCAGAAAGAUCUGGUGGUAUACAUUCACCAUUGCUGGUGCUUUACACCUAGGGAAAGAUAUGAAAAUAUUGCCAUCUCCACUAUGCACACAGAUGAGUCUAAGGGAUCAUUAAGAUUGGCUCCUACAUCAACAGGUAUAUAAAAAUUGGUAACAUUUAAUACUGUAUGAAAGCCCUUCUUGAAUGAGAGAUUGAGAGGUAAUGGCUGGAGAUAGAGCGAGAUUCAUAAAGGAGAAGCGAAGCAAAAAAAAAAAAGAGCAACUUUAUGCUACCCAGUUUUGCUUUAGGCCAAACCUGUCUGUGUCAUCUCUCUUGCUCUCAUACACACACACACACACACACACACACACACACAACCCCUUUUGUCUUAGGAGAAUAACUCAAACAACUUAGGUGCCAUCAUUUGUAGCAGACAAUGAAAGUGAGAAAGCAAGAGAGGUUAAGCAGCACUGAUGGCUGGGGAACAAAGUACCCCAAUACUAUUAUUCAAUGGAAUAUCCACAAAAGUCAUUAUUAACGAUACCUCCUUGUGUUGAAGCAACUUCACUUGCAGAUGUGGAAAAUAUAACUUUCAACCUUGUAACUAUUCAAUUAGCAAACUCAUAAAGCCCCCUUCUAAUUUAUUAAUUAGCUAACAAAAUAAGUUUGGAUUGGAAGUUAAAGGAAUGGUUCUACCUUAAUAUUUUAACUAAGUAUUGUAAUUAUAAUUAAUUCCAAUGCCUAACUCAGAUUCUCUAAUGUAUGAUAAAAGCACAUUUUCUUCAUUAAUAAUGCUAUUAGCAUCACCAGAACAGGUAACAAACUCCUAUACUCCAAUUAUACUAAAAAUCAUAUUAACUAAUUUAUUAAUGGUAAAUGUAGAUAGAACCUUCAUUUCAGAAUGGCCUUUUACCCUUAAGCAGAGGUCAUUAUGAGUCUAUCGCUAGGCCAGAGGGGCAUUACCAGUAAACUUUUAUAAUUAACUCCAGAUUUUUAAAAGCUCUCAUAAAUCUUACCACAAACAUUUUUAAAACUCCCUUAUCCCCACAGAGUAACUUAUACAGGAAAAUCAGCUAAUCGUUUUCAAAAAGGGUACUAAGCUACUGUUCAUAUAGCCAUUAGCUCAGUGACUUCUACUAAAUCAUGACCA